AGUCUUAAGGGCUGCUGCCGUUCUAUAUGGUUCAUCACGUCCACGGUUGGCUGUCCAGGAGUCUACCAAGGCAGCCCAGUGGACGUUUCCGUGGAGCUAUUUGCACAUCUGCACUCUCUGUCAUUGCGAUGGCAUCUUUCUCGGAAAACUGGACUUGUCCUCCGUGUAAUGGACAGAGGCACCAGUUCAGUGAACAGCAUUUUGAACUACAUCUUAUUCAAUAUCGUUCCAACAAUUGCGGACAUUAUUAUCGCUGUGGUAUUCUUCUUCUCGACGUUCAAUUUCUAUUUUGGUGGUAUAGUGCUUGUGACAAUGGUUUUGUACCUUGCAAUGACGAUAUAUGUAACGGAAUGGCGUACGAAAUUCCGUCGAGACAUGAAUGAGAAGGAGAAUGCAAGCAGUGCCAUUGCGACGGACUCCCUGUUGAAUUAUGAGACAGUAAAGUACUACGGCAACGAGAUGUACGAAGUGGAUCGCUUCCGAGUUGCAAUUGAGAGUUGGCUGAAUGGCGCUCCAAUGCAUCCCUUGGCUCUGCUGAACUUUCUACAAAACGGCACCAUCGGUCUCGGAAUGACAGCCGGUUCUAUACUUGUCGCUUACUUAGUCACAGUUGACCACGAGCUCACGGUAGGAGAUUAUGUUCUGUUCACCACAUACAUUCUCCAAUUGUAUUCUCCAUUGAACUUUUUCGGAACAGUGUAUAGAACUAUUCAAAAGUCUUUCAUUGAUAUGGAGAACAUGUUCGACCUAAUGAACGAGGAGGUCGAUGGAUAUCCCAAACGCAAUCGAAUACCAUCCAACAAAUGGACAAAUGUGAAAGAUCUCACAUUUGCCUACAACGAGAACCGAAUAGUGCUGAAUGACAUCUCGUUUGAAGUCGGCAGUGGACAGUCUAUUGCAUUUGUAGGCCCAUCGGGUGGUGGAAAGAGUACGUUGAUUCGUUUGUUGUUCCGUUUAUUCGAUUGCCCCGAGGGAACUAUUUUCUUCGACGGGAAGGAUGUACGACACCUGAAGUUGGUAUCGCUGCGUAAACAAAUUGGAAUUGUACCACAGGAUACAGUACUAUUCAACGAUACGAUACGAUACAAUAUUCGCUUUGGUCGUCCGUCGGCCACAGAUGAGGAGGUCUACGAAGCCGCAAAGGCCGCAAUGAUCCACGAUAAGAUCAUGAGCCUUCCAGAAGGCUAUGAAACGAUGGUUGGUGAGCGAGGAUUAAAGCUGUCUGGUGGUGAGAAACAACGUGUCGCGAUAGCACGGACCAUUCUCAAAAAGCCACAGUUCAUAUUUUUGGACGAGGCGACAUCCGCGCUGGAUACGAAUACUGAACGUGCUAUUCAACGAUGUUUGGAAGAGCUGUGUGCUAGUCGAACGGGCGUCGUGGUCGCCCAUCGAUUGAGCACCAUAGUCAACGUUGACUGUAUUAUGGUACUGCAGAAUGGUCGGAUAGUCGAGCGGGGACGGCAUGCCGAGUUGUUAGCUGCCAAAGGCGUCUACUAUCAGAUGUGGGAAAGUCAGAACGCUAGUCAAAGCGAUGAGUCAAACGCAUAA